AUGGUGGCAACGGGUAUGGGCAUCGUUGCCCAGCUUCCUUAUAUCAAGGAGCUCGUGGAUGGGCAAUGCCAAGGUCAGAUGCUCAAGGUCACCGUCUAUAACAAGAUGGUAUCUCCAUCAGAGGCCCCAGGAGCAGUUGGUCAACACGAUCUUAUCGCGGUAUAUGGUGGGGACGUCAAUUGGGAAGACGAGCUGUCAGCUGAGCUAGAGAAACAAAUUGGCACACUUCUCAUCACAGGUAUUACUUCCGAUGGGAUUUGA